AUGGCCGAGACGCUGACUGGAAUUGCGGGUGGCCUUUUGGGCGGUGCCGCAGCUUUUACCACGGCCAAUUGGGAUGUCGUGGGCAUGACCUCAGGACUUGCUACUUCGGGACGCGGUGCGCAAGUGGACCAAUCGUUCCAAAGGAAGCAUGACCGAAUCGAUUACAAGGUCCAACGGCAGAGCCUUCACCGCGAUGACUUGAACGAUCUGAUGGGGCUUACCAUAGGACGGAUGGACAUGUACAACCUCGUCGGCGCAUUGCUGCUGACCUUCGCCCUGCAGUGGAUAACUAGCAGUGACAUUGUUGCCGCGCCUGACGUCAAGUACUGGCCUCCUUGGUAUUCCACUGUGUUCGUUAUCUCCUGCUUCAGCUCUGUCGGCUACCUCUUGUUUUCCUUGUGGUUCGCGAUGAUGUGUUCCGUCACUUGCCAGUCGCUGGGCACGAGAUUGCGAAUCAACUUUGCGAGGCUGUCUCUGCCCAAGAAUGAGGAUAUCUCACGCAUAAAGGUGCCCUUUUUCAUCCCGGGGGGUGCUUUGGAAAAGAUGCAGAACAAGAUUUUCCACGCCGAGGGAGAGGCGGAACACCGUGAAUUCACUGGCCAGGAGCUUCUUAGAGAGCUCAAGAAGGAAGAGCUGGAGGCAGACUCUGCUUCAUCGCCGACUUCAAAGCCAGAGAAGGUAGUGCGAGGUCUCACAUUCAACGACUGGGGAUCCGACAACGGCGAGAAGGAUGACGACGACCAGGACUUCGAGAAACACUUGCGGCGGUGGCUCUACGAGCGUGGGCAGUGGCUCAGCGCAGAUGCGUAUGCGCGGGCCUGCAUGGUGGUUGGCAUGAACCAGAUGCUGCAGGCUCUAACCUACCACGUCGUGGCCACCGUGUGGAAGGUUUCGGCGCUUACGUCAAUUGCUUGUCUAUUGUUGGCCAAAUCACUGUCUUUGUUCAUGCUUCAAGUCGACCUUGGAAUCCGGAAAUAUCGAUGCUUCGGUUUCACUAUGGUGAUGCUGCUGGAGCUUCUUCCACCGACUUAUGCUACGCUGUAUCUGUUCGUUUACGUGCCUGGCAUUGAGUGGCCCGGUUGGCUGCAAGGCCUUAGCUUUGCUUUUCAUGAUGUAGCGGCCGCUGCUGUUCAGCAUGAAGAGCUGCUCUGCACGCUGGCAGCUGUGCUGAGGAGUCACCAGCUAACACCUGCAAGUGACACGGGCAACCCGGUGAUCACCCAGCGUUUGACACCGAAACUCAUUUGUCUGAUUCCGACAGCUCAUCGAGUGGAUCAGAGCAGGCUGUGUGCACCCGAAGGCGGCGACUUCAAUCUGGAAGAGGUUUCUAUGGGACAGAUUUCCUGCCCCAUCGGAGGUGGCCCCCAACUUUCCUAUGCGAACCUCCGAAUUCUGACCUCGGACGAGAUCAGCAGUUUGGAAACGGACAUGCAGAAGUUCCGACAGCAGACAGAGCUUCCGUCCAAGAAGCUAUCGGCGAAGUUGCCCAUGGUUUCACCUGGCCUGCUCGACUUCGUGGCGGACUGCAUGGAGCCGAAUUUCGACAGCUGCAACGGCAGAUGGAGGGCAAGAUGGCAUUUGGGUAUCCACCACUCCGAUAAGGCCUGUUUGCCAUGUCAUGGAGUUCAACUUGUGAAGCAUGUCCGAGCUGCCCCUUCCAAGCUGGCAGAGGGAGUCUGCGACAUGCUGCAGCAAGAGCUGGACGUCGUCAUGUCCAACCAGGCUUUGCACUGUGGCAACUUCUCUGUGAGCGCCAAGGAUGUGGGCCUCAUCGAGUUUGAGGGCAGAAGAUUGAUAUGCAAAGUUGGCUAUCACGUCGAAGCUGGUGGCACUUGUUGUUACAUCCAAGUUACUUUCUGGACACAUGUCCAUGGCCCAAUGUUCCGGGUCCGCGACGAUGACGUGGCGAUGGUCAUGCAUCAGGGACACAUGUCCUGUCAGUUGAAGCGGAACAAGCUCUUCAACAUCAUCGAGCUGCAGGACCCGAUUCCAGAAAAUGAGCUUCGAGAAGCGAAGGUGGACCCGAUGCCAGGAAAAGUCACUGUGAACUUCACUUUUUUCCUGGCCGUCCUUUACAUCCUGAGUGGGAUCAUGCACAUGGCCGGCCAGAUCUUUGGUUUCGAUCAAGCGGCGAUUAUCGAUUGCUCAGACGACAACUGCACGACUAGCGGGAGCAAUCCGAUUUGGCCCCAUGCUCGGCCGCGACCACGAGGGCCCAGUGCCAGGCACCAUCCGCUGCGACGGCUUCGCGGACAGUAUGCAAUCGAUGCCGAGAUGGGAGAGAUACAAAGCAACUGGCCAUCGCCAGCGAGUUUUUUUGAGGUCAAGGCUCUGCACUGCAGUGCGAACAACUCGCACCUUUUCAUGCACAACGGCUUCGCUGCCUUUGAAGCCGAAGUCUUGAACAAGAGACUAGGAUCGGUUGUGAUGAUUGAUGACGACUUGUGCGGGGCGUUUGAUGUGCAGCAGACUAGGGUGCGUGUUCGAAAUGAGGACACAGAGAAUGGCUUUGAGAUUUGGCGCCGAUUGCACAAGCAGUUUUCACUGCCCGAGAGAGCUCGAGCCACGCAUCUUGUGAAUGAGAUCAUUGGCUUUAGGCUUAGGAGUGGCCACCCAGGCCAAGCCGACAAGGACAUAGGACCCCAAUACGACUAUCAGACUGUGCAGAACAUACCCGUGAACUGCACUGGAACAACCGUUGCAUGUUUGACGCAGUCUGACAUCAGGUCGCAGUUCCUGAAACCUGGCGCCUGGUCUCUGCUGUCUGGGCGGAGAGUGGAUUGGUUUGGCUGGCAGGAUUGCAAGAUCGAUAAAUUUCAGCUCACAGCUAAGGGAAGUCCUGGACGUCCUUGGCACCUUGAGCAAAGCUUCAAGGUGAGGCCUGGUGCAGGCCUUUGCCAUGCAGGCAAAGAGACGUGCAGCAGACACGUGGCUGGCGGCUACAUCGAUGUACAGGCGCUGCAGCUAAGUGCGGAAGGCAAAAGCCUCGUCGUCCUUCAUGGUGGACACUUCCUGGAUUCAUGGGACUUGGAGAUCGGUGCCUUCAAGGGGCAACUGCAACUAGAGCAAGCUUACCAGGCCAUGUGCCACAACGAUGCUUCUCUGCACCUUGUCCGGCACAGUCCUGCCGGACCGAUCCUGGAAGAACUUCCUUGGGCCCGGGCCCGGAGCUCGGUGUUGGACUGCCGUGGGCCCCGCGCCAUGACUCCAGAAGAGUGGGAGUUGACGCGCUGGUGGCGAGAAGGUCCGGGGCCACUUGAUGCAGAACCAGAUGCUUUCGAGCUUGGCACGCCUAGAGGCGAGCGAAGCAGUGGCUUCGCUAUUGAGGACGAGUUCGAGAGCUGGACCGACCGCCCCAAGAGAAUAACAAAGUCGCCGGGUUCUGCAUCGAAUUGUGUGGCAGGUACCAGCUACGAUCUGUCUCCAAGGAACAGUGAGUCGCCCGCGCAGAAGGCUGAAGCAUUUCAGUUAGAAGAGGAGGAGAACGCAUACCUGUCCGCAGUUCAGCUACUGAAGGAGAUGGGCUCUGGUAGGGCAGAGGCGGAGGUGGCGUGGAAAACAUGUGUUCUCCGCGAAAAACUGCGCCUUGCCAGAUCUCUGGCAGCAUUGCGCACGCCCCCGCCUCCUCGAAGAAGCUUCUCUCGUCAGACCUCCGGAGACACCAGCUUCGACGACAUUGACGCAGGGCACGCCCCUGAAGAUCGCGAGCUUUGUCCAGAUGAUUGGCCCGAGCAAAAAUUUCGUCCGUUGGCCGUCGACUUUUCAUUCAAUUUCGCAGCCUUAGAGAUGGCUGAGCGGGAGUACGAGGUAGAGGUCCGAACACUACUGCAGGAAGUCUUUGCUAAUUGGCAAAGAGCAGUCCUGACGAAGUGA